UUCCGAUGCUGAACGGAUUUGGGCAGAAAUUACCAUCCCUAAACCCCAGAGUCUCAAGUGUCAGGAGUUACCAAGUUUUGUUGACAGGUCUGGUAUCCAUCUCUGUCUCUCUCACACGCACACAUUUGGUGUUGGUACGUGUGGUAGGUCUAGGACUCUGCCAUCUUUCCACUGCAGUAUAUAUUUAUUUAAUUGUAUACAUAAACACAGACAACCAAACCCAAACUCCAAAACAAAAGAAAAUCACAUUUCUUCCCUCCAAAAAGAAUCAAACUUUUUUGAAUACGAUGAAGGGAAAGAGGAAGGCAACUGCAAAUCCAGUGUUGACUGAUGCUGCAGAGGGCAGUAGUAGCAACUUAUUUGAGACCCAAGUGAGGGAAGGGAAUGUUGAUGAAGAGGAGGAGAGAAUUUGGGCUUAUAAUGGGGAGAAUCGAGAGGAAACCGAAGGAGAAGAAGAAGAAGAUGAUGAUGAUGAAGAAGAAGAAGAAGAGGAAGAGGACUCCAAAGGAGAACAAGAGAGAGACAAUUUAUUUGAUGAAGAAAGGACAAAACUUGAUGAGGGUUUCUUCGAAAUCGAGGCUAUUCGUCGAAAACGAGUUCGUAAGGGUCAGUUGCAGUAUCUUAUUAAAUGGCGAGGAUGGCCUGAAACAGCCAACACCUGGGAGCCUCUGGAGAAUUUGCAGUCAUGUGCUGAUGUCAUUGAUGCAUUUGAAGAGAGCUUGCAAUCUGGCAAAUCUUUCCGAAAACGGAAACGCAAGCAUGGGGGUCCUCAUACUCAGUCAAAGAAGAAGCAAUCACGUUCCUCUACUUCCUACAAUGUAUUGGAUGUUGAAAUAAGUAUUGCGGAUAAACAUCUCCCUUCUGCUCCUCUUAGUAGCUCAUUGCUUGGUGAUCUACCUUCACCCCUUCAAUUCAUCAGCUCAGAUCCUGGAGGAGAGAGUAAUGGAGAAGCGAACAAUGUCAAAACAUUCAAGCAAAUCGAUGAGAAUGGAUCCAUGAAUGGUUCAAAGCAUAUUUUUCCAAGGAAAGAGGAUAAUGAAUAUGAUCCAAAGCUUAGCGAACUUAGAGGAACAAUUCCUAACAUUGAUGUAAACACGAAUAAUCUCGCAAUACAUUUCCAUGAAGAAAAGACUUUAGAAGGUAAUGGUCUGGCAAAUGGGCUUCCCAAGGUUGAUUAUGAUCCUGUUCAGAACAGUCAACGCACAGGUGCUAGGAAAAGAAAGUCUGGUUCUGUGAAGAGGUUCAAAAAGGACUCUGUCAAGCCAGCUUUUUUACAUAAUUCAUCUGCAAAUUUCUCAGUUGGCUCUACUGGUGGAGUUGCACAACUAGGGAUUGAAAAUCCUAGCUUAACUUGGGGUAAUUCAAGUCACAUGCCCACGGCAGAAAAUACCAUUAAUGCAUUAGCUAUCACCAAGAUCCUCAAGCCUACAGGCUUUUCAGCUUCUGUGUCUGACAAUGUCCAGGAUGUGCUUAUAACCUUUCGCGCGUUAAGGUCUGAUGGACAAGAAGUAACAGUGGAUAACAGGUUUCUCAAGGCUAAUAAUCCACAUCUGUUAAUCAACUUUUAUGAGCAACAUCUCAAAUACAGUACAUGAUUGGAUGGCAGUUUGUAUAUGGGGGAUCCGCACCAUUGUAUGCUUGUCUGUGUACAGUGCUGUAAUUCUGUAGUUGCAGGAGAUAGUGCAGGACAAUUAGUGUUGUCUUAGUUCUGUAAUGCAAAACUGAUUGAUAUAGCUUUAGUGCAUCGGUAUUUCAAACUUUUCCCCACAUAUGAUUAGGUUUUUGGUAUUUCAUCUAACUACGGUUAUCUAAAUAUUUUACAUGACAAAGACUAGAACUAUAGAAGUUCACUUAGUUUGUAAUCGUGCUGUCAUCUCUUUUUCUCUAUCUACAUGUCUGUUCCUUCCACAACAA